CGCGCGGUUUCGAGAAAUUUUGGCCAACAUUUUGUGUUAUGACUGAACGUCGGGAUGUGAGGUUUCCGUGUUUGUUGUGGAAGCGACGUGAUGACUCGCAUUGAGGAGAACUCGUAAUUACAAAGCCUUCUUCUUUGCUGGCACUCAAGGGAAUGAUUUGGAAACAUACUUUGAUUCAAUUCAAUGGCUGCUUCAAGUGAACCAAGUGAAAAGAUAAUUUGAUGGUCAAAGCCACUGACACGUUCAUUGAAGCUACUGUCGCAGUAGCGAUUUCAUCGCGGUUUCAUAGAACAUGGCUUCCUUCUGGGAAAAACUUGCGGAACCGUAAGUAAGAUUGUAUAUAUUUUUAACGCUUUCCUCAUUGCGCGAGGAAAAGACUCGAAUCAUAGAAUCGAUUAUACAAUCUUAGAAUAAAAUGGUGUAGCUCUCUUCCCUACUACAUGUCAGUGAUAUAAUAUCGUAUGAAAUCGGUCGAUAUGAACGUUUAUCAGUUUUCUCUCUUUUUUAAGUAUUAGAUAAUAUGGCAGUUAAAUCCAAAUCGAAAAAGUCAGUACUUGAGAUGAAUGAGGAAAUAUUACGUUGUUUUGACAGGUGAAGGCUUCAAUUUGAUUUGGCGAAAUCAGAUUUGUUUUCUGAGCUCGGUACGGUAGACGUCAGUCUAGAACACUCUAAUUAAGGAAAACUACGAGAUUAGAUUGCCGAAGUCUGAAACGUGUUUUUUUCAGUCGCCUGGGGAAAAGUCUCCCUGUUUAACGAACAAACGAGAGUUUUACUUGUAGCCCCCAAUGCGUCGAGGCCAUAAUUUUGAAAAUAGCUUAGAAAAAAUUGUUUCACGCAGCGAAAGAGCGUUUUGCCAACGCGAAAUUUGCUCAUACUGCGCGCGCAUUUUUCCAGAUUCUUCACCAAAAAAGAAAGGCUCAGAAAUAAGUAAGCACAAUAUCCAGCAUUUUAUCUUGAGUCAUGCAAUUGUUUACUGCCGAGAUACCGAAACAUUGUUAGUUUAUGGUUGGGGAAUUGUGUAUUUACAUUUUUACCUUGUGUCAACGAAUAUUUUAGCAAGAACAAAUGUUAUCAUCUAGAAUGUAGCGCCGGCAUUAAACUGAAAAAUUUGCUUCUCGAAAGCUACUGACCAUUAUUAAUAUUAGUUAUUUCGACAGGUAAAUCGAUUUUUUGCGCUUAAAUAUAUGAGUUUAAUUUUAGAAACGUUUGAUAUAUUCAAACAAAAGGAAGUCUUGCCUGUUUUCGAUAAUUUCUAAAUCAAUGCCUUUCUAGGUCUUGUUUGCUAUCUUUGUUUGUCUUAACUAUGAAGUACUUGAGUUCUUGAAAAGAGUUCAUUGAAAGUGCAUGAUUUUUGCUGUCUGAUAUUAUCAUAAGAAUUUGACACCUUUUCUUUUUAACUGAGAUUUAAUAACGCAAUUUCUUUGUUUUGAAAUUCUCGAGUAUAAUUUCCCAGGCCUACUUCUUUUUCUACGAAAAUUGUUUGAGUUUUUUGCUGUUUUCUGACACAUGCCAUUUUGCGGUGAAACUGACAACAUUUUAACGUCUCACUUUUUGUAGUUAAAUUAACUGGAAUAACACGCCUUAUGUAAAUGUACAAAAAGAGUUUCAGUCGCGUGUGAAAAUGAUGAAUUUGUGUUUCUUAAAGCAUUUAGAAGGUUUCAUUUUUGUAUCAUACUGCAUUUUUGCAUUGUUCGUUAGUAAAGCGGUCUCUGUUCGAGUAAUCUUUGAUUGUUUGUGAUGUGGUUCAUUAGACUUAGUACAAUUCGAAGUUUAAUUGAUGGACUUAACCACGUGCGUUCUAUUCAAUGCCUUCCGUAAAUCAAUUAAGAUAAACCAAAGGAGCCUUGUGGGAGUUCUAAUUAGAGCUUUACUUUUGAACCCUUUUCAUUCCUAACAAUGCAUAAACCUAUAAUCAAAUCAAGUUAACACAUUUCAAGUUGUAAGAAAUCAAAUAGUAGAAGCGACUGUGCGGCGAAAGAACUUUCAAAGAGGUUUUCAUUAGUGAAUUUUCAUACCAUGCGAUUUAUUUUGUAUCUUAUGUUAUUACUGCAUAAAUUACUUUGCAUCACUGUACAGCGUGACUUAGUAGGCCUAUACUAUACUGCUGAAGAUAUAAAAUAAACAAACAUUUCUCCUUAAAUUUGUCUUUUCUCAUUAUUUUACUUCCAGUACUACAGCUCGAGAAUAGCAUUUUGUUUUCCAAAACCUAAUUUGUAACGUAGAUAGUGCUUUUGUGUUUUUGGCUUAAAGUAAAUGAAAAAAAAAAAAAAAAAGGAAUGCUUGUUUCUUUGAAAUGCUGUGAUCGACACAUUACAGCUAGCUAUUUACGAUCAUGGCCAGCUGUGUUAACCGCUGCCCUGUGAGUACAACUGGGACGUACAGUAAUUGGCAAAACAAUGCUGCUAUAGUGUCCCGCCGGACCCGGCGGGAGUUGUUCACAAGCGUACAAUCAUGGUAAAAAAUACCUCUGCAGCGAGGACACUGAAAGCCAUACAAUUCCUACCUUUAUCUUCUAAAGACCAAUGUUGAGUAGACGGGAAUGGGUUUUCCUUUGGUGACUUCAGUGAUUCUGAUGUUUUACUGUAGCAAAACACAAAACAAGCGUACCAUGAGAACGUAUCAUUGAAGAGGCUUAUUUCAAUGCAAGCAUAGUGUUGGUUACUCAUUUUGUAAGAACAAUAUGUAUCCGUAGAUUAAAAUAUUAAGAUUAAACCCUGUUCAUUUUGGUCUUAUUGUUCUUAUUUCGUUUCUAGUCUCCCUGAUCCGUCAUCGUGCAGAGGACGCAACGCUUCUGCUAUCUUUGGUGCUGGACCAAGCUUUGGCCUCACCCCAGUAGAGAUCGUUCCCCAGUUUAGACCAGCCCCACCCAAAAGAACCUCAGAACCAAAGAAGGUCAAAAGGAGCCAAAGUGAUGUAGGACUCAGGAAACGACCCAAUUUAAGGCGCAAGUCUGGAGACUUUAGCCAACUAAGGAAGCACAGCGAGACUGAAGCCAAGCACUUAAACGGUGUGGUUUGUAACGGAGAAACUGCACUUGACUGCCCACGAUCACCGGUAUCAAACGGAAGUUGUAGUACCCAUCAACCUAGUGAUAUCGUUGAUUUUGCCCCAGAUAAUUGCCAGGAAUCAGACGAACCCUCCAGUAGGUAUCCAUUGUUUAUACAAGUCAAGAACGGUGCGCAAGAUCAGAGUAAGGCGCGCAUAGUAAAACCUGUUGGUAGGCCCUCAAAUCAAGGCCCUAGUAAACAGGAAAACGCUCAGAGUAAACAACCAGUUCGGCCACGAAGAAGCGCCAGUUUUUCUACACCCAGGAAGACAAGUGAAUCGAGGGCGCUUGGUGGUGCCCCAUCUCGACCUUCGCAGGACACUGUUAGAAACGGCAAUCUACGUCGCGAAAAGAGCGAUAUUGUUGCCAAACCUCGUCGUGCGCAAUCUCCCGCUAACGUUUCUUCAAUUCCGAGACCCGCGCGGUCAAACUCUUCCGCUAGUCUUAAACAAGACAAGGGUUUAUCGAGUCCUCGAUCAAAGUCACCAGCUGGUCUUCAACGCGAAACCAGUGACUUAACAAGACGUCGUUCACCGUCAGGUUUAAGGCGAGAAAAAAGUGAUAUUGUCCGACCAAGAGGCCAAUCUAGAACUGACAGCCCGGUUGUAACUUCUGAAAAUACCGUGGGCAACAUAAGUCGGUCAUCAAGUAACAAAAGUUUGCCUUCAAAUCAACUGAGUAAAUCACCGUCGAAAAGUUCAAUCGAAGAAACUCGUUGCCGUUCCGGAAGCAGUUCAGAAAUGUCAAAGAUUCCAUCUCGUAUUCCUUCCCUGGCGAAACAAAAUGGCGCUGAAGAGCGCACCCCUCCCAAGAGUAAGAUCCCAUCCCUGAGUAAAGCUGAUAAGGGACAAGAAACAGUUAAGAAAUCGCAGAUUCCUUCUGUAGGACGUAAAGACAGCACUUCACAGAAAGAAAAACCAGCCAGCAAGAUUCCAUCCUCUGCGCCACAACAAAGUAGGCCUGAUUCAGCUAAAGAAAACAAGGACCCUACUGUCUCUGAAAAUGGACACGAAUCAGUCAAGCAAUUUAGUAAAAUCCCUUCGUUUGGUAAAGGGGCUAACGUCAAGCCUAAAAUUCCUUCGGUACCACGUAAGGAUAGCCAAACUAGCGUCCCAUCGACACAGAACGGGACUACGGACAUGCAUUCCCCUGUAAGUGACUCCAAUAGAAGUAAGGCAUCAAGUCCUGCUCACACUCAGCAGGGAACAGGUAUCCCAAUGGGUAUCAGUCGAAUCCCAUCAUUCACCAAGUCACCAACGCCGUUAAAAAAAGCCGACUCCGCCUCUUCUCAGUCGCGCAUCCCUCCACCUUCCACGAAACCUUUAAAUAAAGUUACAGAAUCGAAGCUACCCACCCUAGGAGGUUCCAAAGUGUUGGAAACAGAUGGACCAUCUGUGACCCAGUCUCACAUUCCAAGCCCUUCUUCCCCUACUCCAAAUAAGACAUUCGAGUCUAAAGUCCCACCUCCUGGGGGAUCCAAGAUUCCAGAGCCUAAGCUCUCAACCAAGUCUACACCAAGCUCAUUACCAACCGCACCUAAAACAAGUGGGAUACCAAAGCCAGGAGAGCAACUUCAAGGCACCAAAAUUCCUGCGCAUACAGGAAUACCCAUGGCGUCGUCUCCUACGGAGUCUAAAAACAAAAUUCCCAAGCUGGCAACAACGCCCAGAUCGAAUGUUCCUGACGCAAACGAAGCUGCUGCUUCCAAGCCAAAACGAUCGAUACCAACCCUUGGAGGUAGGCAGCCGUCUAUGGAGAGAGAGAGUUCGAGCCCAGCUGAACCGAGCACUCCUCCUAGUACUCCAAUACGCAAGGACGCUACGGAGUCACCCUUGGAUAAGUACAUCUUUUCCGAAGCUAAGAGAGUUGAGCAACUGCUGCGAGACGAACCGAUGGAGGUGACGAGCGGCGCAGAUAUAGAAGAAGACGAUGAAUUUUUAAGGCAAGAAAGAGAGAUUCUGGAGCAGGAAGAGCUAGCGCGCGAGAAAGGACUAAAAAUGUUGGAUUCCAAAGAGGCCGAGGAUUUGAUCAGUGAGGUUUUGAAGAGCUAUGCUCCAGACAAACUAGAAGACAAACAAAUUACCACCGAGAAAGGCCACAAUGAAAAUGUUAAAGAAAAGAUAAAUAUCGAUGAAAUAGUUCUUCAGCCGACCGAGAUGCAAACGCCGCCAAAACUAGGCAAAACAGGCGUAAGUACUACUAAAGAAGAUUCCGUGCAGGUGGAACAAAGUGGCGUUAAAGAGAGUGUAAGCACAACUGAGGAAAAGAAAGAGAAUGCUAAAACUGUGGAAACCAAUGUUUCAGACUUAAAAAUUUCUAUUCCAUCUAAAACAGCCGUUGAAAGUGAGAUUGAAGAAAAAACCGACAAAAAAGAGACAAAGAACCAAGGACCUGGUAUUAAUACUUUAGGCGAAUACGCCCAACAAGCUAGACUGUCGCGUAGUCGACAACGAAAAAUCGUCAGUCCUAACUCAGAAGAGCCUGAGAAAGAAUUUCUGGCCGAUCUAGAAAAGGUAGAGAUAGAAGAGGAGAAAAAACCACUGCCUAAGGAGCCGGAGAAGGAGCAACCCAAAAAAGACAUCAAAAAAGACAAAUAUGGUACAGCACCGUUUGAGGGUGAGAAGAAACCUAAGGAGGCUGCGAAGAAUGCAAAAUCCAAAUCAAAAAGCGAUAAACCGAAGUUUGUGAUCGAGUCAUCGCUGGGAAAAGAUUUUUACGCCACCAGAAAAUCGAGCGAAAGUGUUGCGUCUAGGGACAGUGUUCACGACGAUGUCGUGAAAUCUUCAUUUAAACCAGAAAUUUCUGCCCUGGUGUUUGAAAAUAAAGUCGCUCGAGAACCGUUAACAUUAAAACAGACGGACGCGUCUCCAGAGGAACAUGCUAUGAGCCUGGAAGAGACGGAAUUUGAGGACGUUGACUUGAAUGCGGAACCUGCAAUCGCGAAACAAAGGCGUGAACUUUCGCGAAGCGUCGACGAUCUGGACGAGAAGACUGUGAAGUGCAUGUGCGGUAGGGGAGGAAAGUGUUCCAUAAUGUAAAACAGUCACACAAACAUGCCACUGCAGCUGAAUGAUUGUUCGACUAUUUUCACCUGUACAUUUUGAGCACAAUUUGUUUUAUUUUCAAAGCGGGACCAGUCAUUCACACCUCAUCGCUUGAUGGAGACUUCUAGGCUUGGUUUUCAGAGUUUUAAGCUAAGGAGAAAUAAACUGAGCUUUUUUUUUCUAGGAUGAGUUUAUAAAAAUUGUUCAUUAAAAUUUAUGGAAUUGAGAACUGUGAGACGUGUGGCCUUUUGCAGCGUUAGGGGUUUCUCGUUAUGCUAACUGGUGAGACUGGGCAAACACAUCCUUGUUUGGCGGGAAUACCACAUGAAAGGGGCGGGGAUGUUUGUUUUCUCCUUUGGGAGAUUAGCAAUUUCUGUUUUGCUUUGGUGCAACUUAAGGUGUUAAGAGCGGGAGCGCCAUUUCUUUUACAUACUCAGAUAUCGUUUUCCGCUCUGCAUGAAGAGAAAAAAGAAAGGUGACAAAAAGAUUAGCGACAACUUCUUUAUCAUAAUUAAAAUUAAAUUGUAACUCGAUGUACACUGAUCGCGGC